AUGAGUAGUAUGGUGUCCACAACCAUUAAUCCGUUCCUGGACUCUCAGUUUCGUUAUGUGCUCAUCCCGGUUUUCUACAUCAUCUUCUUCAUCCUGGGCUUCAUCUCUAACCUCUACGUGCUGUUUGUCCUAAUUCGUGGAAUCAUUGUUUGUAUUUGUAUCUGGGUGUUUGUUCUGACGAUGUCUCUUCCUUUUCUGGUGAGUCCAGGGAUCAACGUGCACUCUAAAAACAACACCGACAUACGUCGCUGUUUUGAGGGAUACCAGGGAGGAACUAAUGACAAGAAGAAAAAAGUGGCUGUCACUCAUUUUCUAAUAAUUGGAUCGUUUUUUGUUGUCUUUUUACUCAUUGUGAUGUGCAAUUUCCUUAUUGCUCAAAGUUUAAUUUCUAAAAAUUCUCCUCAGUCGGAAAGUCAGUCUUCAGGAACACAGUCUAAAAAGCCCACUGUGACAUUCAUAUUUAAACGGCCAACAGGGGUAAAACGGAGGGCUCUCCAGAUGUUGCUGGCAGUGGUGGGAGUGUUUGUCCUGUGUUUCCUGCCACACCACAUAGUUCAAGGCCCUUGGGUUUUGGCAGUGCUGGAGAUCGAAGACGGCUUCGGCCACGUGAAAUACAGCGAGACCACUCGUCAGUUGCUGAACGACGCUCAUCAGAUCACCCUGGUUCUUAUGGGCCUCAACUGCAUUUUGGAUCCUGUAGUUUAUUAUUUUGCCACCGGGAAGUUUAGAGGAGAAAUCAAGGCCCACAUUAAAAAAUUAAUCCCAUGA